GAGUCACAACAAUAUUGACAUCUUUCUCCAACAGUCUCAAGCACCAGCGAAAGGAACACACUUCAGAGCUAGGAUUCUUGAGAAGCCCAGACUGAACGCUUGUGAGCUGAGAUGAAGUGCCUGGUGUGUGUUCUGGUCAUCAACCUGUUGCUGACCUCCUUUCCGGUUUCUGUCUUGUCCCAGUCUUUGAGAAGUGGGGAAUUGGGAAUCAAGCUGUGCGGUCGCGAAUUCAUCCGAGCCGUCAUUUAUACCUGUGGGGGUUCCCGAUGGAAGAGGCUUCUCGAUAACCAAAACGAUCCCUUCCAGACCUCAGCUGAUAAAGAUUACUUCAAGGAGAUGGACAGCAUGAGUAAUCUUCAAAGAUUUUUUGGCAGUGACAGAAACCAGGAAACUGAGCCAUCUUUCGGUAAUGAAGUGUUUGACCAGUACUACAACCAGUAUGAUCAGAUACCAGGGGAUUUCAUGGAGUACAUCCACCAAAUUGAUGGAGGCAGCAAUAAAGACCAAGCUGUUGCCUUAACAGCGGUGCAGCAUCUACCCUGGGCCAGAUCCCUCAGGAAGAAAAGGGAAGGACCACCAGGAAUGUCAAAGAAAUGCUGCAGUUAUGGUUGCACUAAAAAAGAUAUCAGCAUUCUCUGCUGA